AUGCCGUGUGGAGUCAAGACGCUGUGGGCAGGAGGAGGAGGAGGAGGAGGAGGAGGAGGAGGAGGAGGAGUGUUGCUCUGCUGCCUGCUGCUGCUGCUCUGGGGCAUCUACUCUCAUCUUCUAGGAGAAGGCCAGCUGGCGGUGGGAACCUGCGAGAUUGUGACGCUCAACAGGGACAGCAGCCUUCCCAGGCGGACCGUCGCCAGGCAGACCGCCCGUUGCGUCUGCCGGAGAGGCCAGAUCGCCGGCACCACGCGAGCGAGGCCGGCUUGCGUCGACGCUCGAGCGGUGCGCAGCCGGCAGUGGUGCGAGAUGUCGCCCUGCAUGGAGGGCGAGGUCUGCAGCCUCCUCUUCAACCGCUCGGGGUGGACCUGCACCCGGGCCAGCGGACGCAUCAAGACCGUCACGGAUCCUUGCCAGGAGUGGAAUCGUGCUUGAAGAAAAAACAAACAGCUUUCCAGUACUUUUUCCUCCGACUAGAAAGUGAAAAAGCGUUUCCCGGAAGAUUCUUCUUUGAAGGUGAUUUUGCAAACACUCGCUCAACACCUCUUCCUCUUUUCUGGAUCUCACCGGGCUGUGGACGAAGGACGCGGUGAGCCUGCGUGGACUCUCGCUGACGUGGACAACGUGCUGACUCGGCAAAUGUGGACAUUUUGAAUGGCUCUGCAUUUAACGUAGGUGUUGUUGUUUUUUUGUAAACGUACACGAUAAAAUACUCCUCUUUGUCUACGGACAUCAUCUCAGCAUCAGCAGUGUGUGUGUGUGUGUGU